CGCAUACUGUUCUCCGUACGUCACCCUCCCUUAGCACGAGGAUCCCUGCGGAACUCGAUGCGAAUUGGUGAUGACCCGGACGCGCACGCAGCCACCCCCACCCCCCACUUCUUUGUGGAUGCGAAACGAGCUUCGAGUGAGCGAAGCGAGAGAGAGAAAGCGGAUGGAGCUUAUCAGAGGAAAGCCGCAUCGCGGGUGAAGUUUUCUACUACUGGCGCUGCACCUCUAGCAGCAGAGGAGGUGCACAUCUCGCCGAGUGCGCCAACGAUCUGCUCUCGCAACCUCGACUUUCUUCCGUUUUCUUUCGAUUCACCGCUCGAUCGUUUAGGGUCUCCUCAACUCCGCUGGCGAGAUCAAACUCUUUGCUUUAUUCUUUUCUUUUCUUUUUCCUCUCCUCGAGCAAGGGUUUUCGAUUCGAUGGAUGAGAUUUAGUGCAAAGACAGAAUUUUAAUUUCCUGUAUUUUGAUUUUGUUUCCUAAGAUCAGAUACUGGUUACGGUUCUUGAUCUGUUCUUCCCUGCUCUUCUUUUCAAGAAUAGCCACCGAUGUUGGAGGCAGUUCUGUCCACGGAGAACACAAGUGGCGAAGUCACUAAUAUUUUCUAGGAUGUUUAUUGUAGCAAUGCAGUCGGGUUUUGUUCUGGACUUGAAACCAUUCCGUGUGACAAAUGGAUGAAAGUGGCUUUGUUGAUUAUAUAGCUAGGGUUUCUAUUCCGAUAUACCCAUAUGCUGCAAGAAAAAAAGAGGGUCUUGCUGGAUGUAGGUAGAUUUGUUAUGUAGGCAAAUCUCUUGGAAUGAAUUCUGGUAACCAGAAAGGUGUUUGGACAUGAAUUCUACGAUCGACGAGAUCACCCUCCUUCGGCAAUCCCAGGCCCGGUCCACGAGCCAUCGUAUGGUCGUGAGAGGGAUCGGGGAAGAAAUCGACUUGGAGAUAGGCCCUGGGGAUGAUGACCCUUCCUUCUCCAGCACCACCCUUGUUGGCGUGCCCACACAGGAAUCUUCUGCUCCCCAGGAGCAAGAAGAUCACAAGCAGCUUCUUUUGGCCUCUCAAGUUCCCAGUCAGGGUCAGCAGCAGCUAGUGAAGGUGCCGCAGGGAAAGAGAAAGAAGAAGGUAGUGAAGAAGUGGAGGGAGGAGUGGGCAGAUACCUACAAGUGGGCUUAUGUAGAUGUACAUGAGGGCACGACAAGGAUUUUUUGCUCGGUUUGCAGAGAGUAUGGAAGGAAGCACAGGAGGAACCCGUAUGGAAAUGAGGGAAGUAGAAAUAUGCAAAUGAGUGCACUGGAAGAGCAUAACAACAGCUUGCUACAUAAGGAGGCUCUUCGGCUCCAGAUGGCAUCUAAGGAUAAGGGUCUCCCGGUCAUUGAGAAAUCUGUUUAUGUUAAAGCAUUAAUGUCGAAAUCUGCUAGUUCGGUUCUUGAGUCAGUUUUGAGAAGGGAUCCUCAUGAAGUUGAGUUUAUACAGUCUGUACAAGAGGUGGUUCAUUCUUUAGAACCUGUGUUGGUGAAAAACUCUCAGUAUGUUCACAUCCUGGAACGGUUAUUAGAACCCGAACGAGCACUCAUAUUUCGAGUGCCUUGGGUUGAUGACAGGGGAGAGACCCAUGUUAACCGAGGCUUCCGAGUGCAGUUUAGCCAGGCGCUGGGUCCGUGUAGGGGUGGCCUUCGUUUUCAUCCCUCAAUGAACUUAAGUAUUGCAAAAUUUCUAGGUUUUGAACAGACCUUAAGGAAUGCUUUAUCUCCAUUUAAGCUUGGAGGUGCUGGGGGAGGAAGUGAUUUUGAUCCAAUGGGAAAAAGUGAAACUGAGCAGAUCAUGCGAUUUUGUCAGAGCUUUAUGGAUGAACUAUAUAAAUAUUUGGGUCCUGAUGAGGAUCUUCCUUCAGAAGAUAUGGGUGUUGGCCCGAGGGAAAUGGGCUACCUCUUUGGGCAGUAUAGACGCCUUGCUGGUCAUUUCCAGGGAAGUUUUACAGGACCAAGGAUAUUCUGGUCUGGUUCCACUCUUCGUACUGAAGCUACUGGCUAUGGACUGGUUUUCUUUGCACGUCUUGUUCUGGCGGACAUGAACAAGGAACUCAAAGGAUUAAGAUGUGUAAUAAGUGGUGCUGGGAAGAUAGCAAUGCAUGUCUUGGAGAAGCUUUUUUCCUGUGGUGCUAUCCCUAUUACUAUUUCAGAUUCCAAGGGCUAUUUACUAGAUGAGGAUGGAUUUGAUUAUGUGAAAUUAUCAUUCCUUCGGGACAUUAAGGUUCAACAAAAGAGUCUGAGAGACUACUUGAAAUCAAAUCCAAGGGCUAAAUACUUUGAAGGUGCAAAACCUUGGAGUGAACAAUGUGAUAUAGCCUUUCCUUGUGCUUCUCAAAAUGAAAUAGACCAACCUGAUGCUGUUGCUUUAAUUAAUUCUGGCUGCCAAAUACUUAUAGAAGGUUCGACUAUGCCCUGUACUCCUCAAGCAUUUGAUGUUCUAAGAAAAGCUAACAUACUGGUUGCUCCAGCAAAGACUGCUAGUGCUGGAGGGGUUGCAGUUGGGGAACUUGAACUUAGCCAUGAGUGCAACUUGAUGCAAUGGUCACCCGAGGACUUCGAGGCUAAACUACAGGAGAUGAUGAAGCAGAUACAUGAGAAGUCCCUGAAAGCUGCAAGUGAAUAUGGUUGUAUGAAGGAUAGUCCGGAAGCCUUGGUGCAUGGUGGAAACAUCUGCGCUUUCCUGAAUCUUGCUCACGCUCUGAUAGAUCAAGGAUGCGUGUGAAUCAAGGUUCAAGGGUUAAACAACCAUCGUUGUACAGGGAGUAUAUGGCUACGAAGAUGCAGCCUCAUGUAUAUAUAGCAUGUAAAAAACACGGAUCAGCCUUCCAUCCUUGAUAUGUAUAUGUGGCAUUCCACAUGGCAUGCAAGCUUUCCUUUCUCUUCUAAUGAAAUGUAAAUGUUGAAAGUAGUGGCUUAGCUUGCUAGUCUGUACAAUAGAUAGCUGUGAGGAAAGGUCAAAUGUAGUAAUGUUCUGUAUGCUUGGUCACCAUUUGGAAGUCUGUGAAGCUAUUCUGGUCAUAAAGUGGAUUGUGUGUUACCAUUCUUUCAAUUGCAACUGACAUAUUCUAGUCAA